AUGUUGGGAAUUGGUCGCACUCAUUUGGAAAACGUCAGAAAUCAUCUAGCAACGAAUGGUAUAAUACCGCGCGUUCAUGGUAACAUAAAACGAGUGCCACGAUGGAAAACCAAAAUAACCAUUGACAUAACCAUUGCUACUUCCGUGAAGAAUUUUCUCGAAAACUAUGCUGAAAUUCAUGGACUACCAAGUCCUGGUAGAAACGUCAAUCGCAUUACUCAAUCGCUUACGCUUUUACCAGGCGAAACUAGUUACAAAUUGGUCUAUUGUGAUUUUAUUGCAGGUCCCGAAAACGAUAGCACUCCACGAACGGAUUUAUGUGAUACGUGCCAACAUUUUCGGAACGGCUUACAGUAUAAUGCUCGUAAGGAAGAAGAAGCGAAAGAUUUAUUAAAAAAGUACAAAGAACAUUUAGUUAAGGCUAAAUUAGAAAGAAAUUAUUUCAACAAAAAUACGAAAUUAGCAGAACAACAGAGAAAAUUGGUAGAUGAGCAUUUUAUAACAAGAAGUAAAGCUGAUUAUUGUAGCAUUGAUGCUACUGCUCAUUACAUGCAUUUAUUUGGUAUUCAAGAUGAAGCAGUACGCGAACAAAUUAAUUACGUUCUUGAUGAAGACGAAAUUAUAAGAAAAAGUCCUAAUGGCACACUAAGCAUAGUAUUCGAUGGGAUUAAGAGAUUAAAUAGAGUAAUUUGCGGCUAUUAUGAAAGUAUCGAGUUAAAUUUUAUGGUACCUGGACAAACUAAAUUCAAGUGUGAUGGUAGUUUUGGAUUGAUUAAGAAACUCUAUAGAAAGACAACCGUAGAUUGUGUGGAUCAUAUUGUUGAAGUUGUAAAAAGAUCGAGUACAGCAGGAUUAAACAAAGCCCAGUGUUAUGGCAAUGGAAAAGGUUUUCAAUACUUAGAUCUGAAUUCCGUAUUAGGGAUUUUCUUUAAAAAACUGAAUGGUUUGCAAAAAUAUCAGCAUUUUUUCUUUGAAAUAACUCAACCUGGAAUUAUCAAAGCGCAGAUGGUUGCUAAUGGUGUUUUUAUUGAAUUUAAUUUAUUGAAAACCAGAAAGGUAAGUGUUUCUGAAAUUAUCAAAGAAAUUAAAUCUUUCUCCAUUUUAAUAGUAACUCCUCCUCCAUUAGAUUACAAAAGACAAGAGUAUCUUUAUCAUAAUAUUCGUCCAUUUGUUAGAGAUGAAUUUAAAGAUAUUACUUGUCCUAGACCAAUUCAUAAUGAUAAUGAAUAA